UUUUGGACUGAUUCGAAUUCAAGAUGGCAGACAGGUGGCCAUCUUGGAUUUUGAAUGUAAAAGUUUGUUACUGCUAUUUCUUGGAAAGUACUGGAUGGAUCUUUCUCAAAUUUCAUGUGCAGGUUCCCUUUGGUUCCAAGAUGUGCAUUAUACCUUUUUGGACUGAUUUGAAAUCAAGAUGGCUGACAGGCAGCCAUCUUGGAUUUUGAGAGUAAAAUCUUGUUACUGCUAUAUCUGAGGAAGUCCAGGAUGGAUCCUUCUGAUAUUUCAUAGAUAUUGGUUUCCCUUGGUCCCUAGUUGUGUAUUGUACCUGUUUUGGACUGAUUUGAAAUCAAGGUGGCCCACAGGCAGCCAUCUUGGAUGUCGACAGUAAUACAGCACAAGCAUAUUGUCCAUUAUCCACCUGUAACUGACUGCUAUCUAAUAAUACUUUGGGAUCUUUUUCAAAUGAUAUUUGCUAAUAGGUGCUUAAUAAAAAUAUCUUGUGCCAUCAUUGAGUACAUUCAAUGAAGACCAGUUCAUGAACAUUUACAACACCUGUAACAAACAAAAAAAAAUCUUCAAGAACUGAAAACAGAUCCUCAAAUGGUGGGCGCCAAGAUCCCUCUGGGAUCUCUUGUUACUUAUAUUGUACAGUCAAACAUGUUAUAAAGGACACCUCUAUAUAAAAGACAGACUCAUCAAUCACACUCAGUGAGAUUUUCUAUAUAAUUGACCUCUUUAUAAAGGACAUCUGUCCAUAAAGGACACUUUUGCUCUGUCCCUUGGGUGUCCUUUAUACACAGGUUUGACUGUAUAUAUAUUCAAAUUAUGUACCAGAGUAAAUUCAAUAAUGUAACAUUGAAUUCACCUUAAAUUGAUUUUAAUUCCUGAAAUAAAUAUGUAUUGCAAUUUAAUGACCAUUAAGUCUUGAUUAAGUGAACAUUUCACCAUAAAAAUAUUUUUGAGCAUUCCUGAUUUAUUUCCCUCCAAUUUUAGAUUAAAUGGCCAGUGUUCUCACUUAGUUGGUCUUCUAAAAUGUCUUCAAGGAUUUUAACUGCACAAUUUCUCAUGUGUUCCGGACCAGCAGAGCUGCACUAAUGUGCCUCAGCAAUGGCAUGUUCCUCGGGAACAAAAAUAGAGCCUGUUCCUCUGAAUCACAUUAUAGUAGCCAGACCUAAGGAAGUGAGGAAAAGAAAAACCCUGACAUGUGGAGUUGAUGAAAACCAUAGAUUACCAGAAGUCACUACUUCAGAUGAAUCAAAACUGGCAGCAUUAAAAGAAACACCACUCCAGCAUCUUAUGCUGAAUUCUGCUCCAAAAGCAACUACAGCAGUAUUUGGACAACUUCCUUUGGGAUCCAUUCUCUCAUACCAGACAAGAAACUUAAAGAAACCACAAGUACAAGUAUCAUCUGAUGGAUGUGGAGAUACCUGUGUCACAAGACAAGCACCAGUAACAUUGCCCUGUGAAUUUCAAGAACUAAAUCAAGACCACAGUGUUAUCCAAGAUUACAUCAUAGAAAUUGAAAGGGAAACCAGAGCGCAGUCAAAUUCAAAACUCUGGAUUGAGGCAAGAAAAUCAAGGAUAACAUCUUCAAACUUUGGCAAAAUACUGAAGAGGAAAGCUAAACCGACUCAGUCAUUUGUGGACUCGAUCUUUGGUACCAAAUAUGUUAAUGCGGCACCAUCAGAAUACGGGAGAAAAACAGAGGUUAGCGGGAAAAGAAAAUAUUUGAAACAAUUUCCUUCAUCACAUUUUCAUGAGUGCGGACUAGUCAUCAAUGAAGAAUUUUCAUUUCUGGGUGCUUCCCCUGAUGGAAAGUUGUGCUGUGAUGGUCAGUGUGGAGUAGCAGAAAUAAAAUGUCCAUUUUCAGCAAGAAACAUGACAAUUUCAGAAGCAUGUGACAAAAUCAACGGAUUUUGCUUGGAAAAAAAUAAUGGGAAAAUUAACCUAAAGCAAAGCCAUGAAUAGUAUGCCCAAGUUCAAGGACAGUUGAUGAUCACAGGAUGUGACUUUUGUGAGUUAAUUGUCUAUACACAUUGUGAAUUGUUUGUACAAAGAAUCU